CCAUCCGAGUAUGGCUGAAGAGAGACAGCGGCCAGUACUGGCCCAGCAUUUACCACACAAUGGCCUCUCCUUGCUCGGCUAUGACUUACCAUCAUGAUAGCAGGCGGAUAUUUGUGGGCCAGGAUAACGGAGCCGUCAUGGAAUUUCAUGUUUCUGAAGAUUUUAAUAAAAUGAACUUUAUCAGGACUUACCCAGCUCAUCAGAACCGGGUGUCUGCGAUUAUCUUCAGCUUGGCCACGGAGUGGGUGGUCAGCACCGGCCACGACAAGUGUGUCAGCUGGAUGUGCACCCGGACCGGGGACCUGCUCGGGAGGCACCUCUUCCCCUCCUGGGCUUCGUGUUUGCAAUACGAUUUUGAUACCCAGUAUGCUUUUGUUGGCGAUUAUUCUGGACAGAUCACCCUGCUGAAGCUGGAACAGGACACCUGCUCAGUUAUCACAACCCUCAAAGGACAUGAAGGUAGUAUCGCCUGCCUCUGGUGGGACCCCAUCCAGCGGUUACUCUUCUCUGGAGCCUCUGACAACAGCAUCAUCAUGUGGGACAUCGGAGGAAGGAAGGGCCGCACGCUCCUGCUCCAGGGCCACCAUGACCGGGUGCAGUCGCUGUGUUACCUUCAGCUCACGAGGCAGCUCGUCUCCUGUUCCUCGGAUGGUGGGAUUGCUGUGUGGAACAUGGACGUUAGCAGAGAAGAGGCUCCUCAGUGGUUAGAAAGUGAUUCUUGCCAGAAAUGUGAGCAGCCCUUUUUCUGGAACAUAAAGCAGAUGUGGGACACAAAGACACUGGGGUUGAGACAGCACCACUGCAGGAAGUGCGGGCAGGCCGUCUGUGGGAAGUGCAGCAGCAAGCGCUCAAGCUACCCCGUCAUGGGCUUUGAGUUCCAGGUCCGCAUGUGUGACUCCUGCUAUGACUCCAUCAAGGAUGAGGAUCGGACUUCUCUAGCAACCUUUCAUGAAGGAAAACAUAACAUCUCCCACAUGUCCAUGGAUGUUGCCAGGGGACUGAUGGUGACCUGUGGGACCGAUCGCGUUGUAAAGAUAUGGGACAUGACGCCCGUGGUGGGCUGCAGCCUGGCGACCGGCUUCUCUCCACACUGACCCGGGAGCCGCGAGGUCUGCACCUUCCCAGCGGCAGCCUGUACAAGCGCCACCCUUCCCUGUGGCACCACAGUCACCAUCACGUGGACAAACAGGAGCCACUUAAACACAGAUCAACACUUUUCAAAGGAAAAAAAAAUGUAAAGGUGUGUUUUGGGGAAUUUGUGGACCUACCUGUGGUUCCCGAGGAAUGGAAUCCCUCCAGCAAAACUUCCUCACGAACAGUGAGCUGAUGUGGACAAGAUUGAUCUAGCAAAUAGAGUUUUAGAGAAAAAAAUAUUGAACUAAAGAGUUGAUGCCUAAAAUGUUCUUAUAACAACUGCAAGUACACACACACAUUCCCCUUGACCUGCUGGGCCUCCGGGCCCUGUGGCUGCUGUGGGAGCAGGAGUGGGGCAGGGAGGGCGCUCUCUUGAGGGAACGCAGUAGGAGCUUAAGAUCCCAGCGACUCCUCAUGUGCUGGCAGGAAGUGCACCUGCUUUACACUUAGUUAUUGACACUCAUUAGAGACAUCUGUUCUCUUCAGUGCCAUCUGCACCUAGUAUUUGGCUCACUUCACUUGUUUGUCCUGCGGGCAGUAAGCCAUGGGCAAACCUCAUGGUGGUUGUGAGUGAAUUGUGAAUUCCUCUAUUAACCAAGGCAGUCCAAGUUCUUCCUUCCCCUCACACAUGCUCUGAGGACAGAAUGUUUUUGUGUUGCCAUUACCAUGGGAGUCACACAGCUGCCUGACUGUCAUUGCAGUUAGUAAUGACUGAUGGAAAACCCAGCUACCAGCCUGCGUGCGGUGGGAAUGAUCAUUCUGUUCCAUGGAACAGCCCAGUCCUCCUAACAGACACUUUCUAUUUCUAGUUCAAGGUGAGCCCCAUGAUAUUGUGGCAGUUAAUAUACACCUCAGACAAGAACUCCAAAGCUUUGUAAACAAUGUUGACUUGUAGUCAUUGUAACUAAUAUUAAAUAUAUUAGUUACGUAACAACUUGCAAAAUCUGUUGUAUCAAAUGGUGUUUGAAAGGGUUUUGGCCACUUAGUACCAGAAGGGGGAAGAGGCGGGAGAAAGGGCACCUUCUUUUAAUAUCCAGAUAUGUAUUGUUUGUUUUGAACAAUAACACGUGUAUCUAUUACUUUACGGCUAUGGAAGUGAAUGGAGAGAGGCCUACAUUUUUUAAGGAUAAAUUUAAAAAUAGCAACAAUAUUUUUGUUAGUCUGACUGAUGGAUAUUGAUAGAGGCUCACUACUGUGUAACUCUGUCGGAUUCGUAUGAAGACCACAUGUUAUUCUACAUGAUACAAGUAAGGGACUCACCCUGUGUCUAACAGCAGCUCAGAGGAACUGUAACAUUUGACAGGCAGUUAAACUGAAAUGUCAAAUGGCGAAGGGACACAAAUGCUGUGGGAAAGGGAUGGGGUCAGGCACACCCUGUUUUAGAAUGAUCUGCAGUGAAAGUUGACUUGCCUCAAAAAUAAGACCGAAGGGUGUAUUGCUCCUUGUAAUUUUUGUAUUAUAUCACCUGAAAAAGAUGUUUUCUCUAAAAACUUUCCCCAGGCUUUCUGCAAAAUGUACAUUACUAAUAUAAUCUGGAAGGAAAAUCGAGUGAUGCUAACUUCUAAAUGGCAUCAUUGACUGUUGACUUGUGUUCAGUUAGGGUUCAGCCCCACAAAGGUGCUAUCCUGGGGAUUUUAUGAAGUCCUGCAAGGAAAAUAGAAUGUGAUCAAUUCUUUUCCACAAUGAAGAGCACUGAACUGUGGUUCCAUUUUUCUUUAUUCUGUAAAAUGUGACUUUAAAUGUCUGUGGUAGACUGAGUAGAACAUCACAGCUGCUAAGAAUAUGCCAUAGCUUUCAAACUUCUUUUUAUUUUAUAAAAACUUUUUAAUGAAGAACUCCAAUGCUCCAUAGAGACUAAGAUUGUGAUAGUGCCUCCUAAGGGGUUAAGCUAAUAAUAUAAAUCAAGGAGGAAAUGCAUAUUUAAGGAAGAAUUAGAGUGUGGAAAGGAAAGGAGAUGUUUCCGUAUUGUUUUCUCUCCACCUGAGCCUGUUACCAUUUUUCUGUAUGAAAACACACAUGGCAGCCUUGUCUUGCCUCUGUCACAAACUAAGUAGCAAAUGAGGGCAUAUUUUCUAUAGAGGUGGGCAAAAAUUAUUUUCUCAAUUUUACUGACUUGGGCACAUAAAGAUAGUACAGCUAGGCUUAUAGUUAUUGCCUUACUUUGACUGUGUUCCUCUUAAACGGGUCACUUUAGAUAGGUCUUCAAGUAAUGUUUACUGGUUUUUCCAUUCCUGGGAUACUCACGCUCAUUUGUACAAACGGGUUAAGAAGUAUAGAAUGUUAGAGAAGAUCCUUAUGCUUAGCCCUAGUAUGUAUAGGACAUGAAAAUGCCAAUUCUUCAUUUUAAACAUGUUUUUAAAUUGCCCUUUAUUAGUGCAGGUGAUGGAGAUAUCUCUAUAGCAAUAGGUGGAAACAUUAUUCAUUUCAUUGUAAAUCUCUGUUUGCUAUGUCCUAGUCCUGUCCUGCUCCUGGUGGAUAUAAACAAACAUAUUGGUCUAGAUGGUAUCACUUUGUCCUCUCUGUACAGAAUUCAGUUUGUUCAUGUCCACAUUUUUAAGUUGAAACUGGCCCAAGUAUGUAAUAAACUCGAUAGUGGCUCACACCCAAGGAGCUAUUUUCUAAGAUCAGUUUUUUUUUUUUAAAUUAGUUUCUACUUUCAUUACUGGAUCUGAUAUCCCUUAAAAUGUAAGAAACCAGUUACUAUUAAUGAUAAACCAUCUGCUCAUUAUAAAUGUGAGGCUUAACAAAUAAGUAAGACAUGCUAUAUUUAUUCAUUGUGAGCAGAUUACUGAAUGCCUACUCUAUUUUCUGCAGUUUAUUAUACAGCAACUUUUUGAGUAAGUUGAAGUUUAAUUGUGCGACAAAUUUGCAUUAGAAUAUACCACUUUAAGUGUUUUUCUCUAUAGCCUUUUUGACUGGGGAGUCGGGGCAAUGUUGAUUAGUACAUUUUGUCCCUGUACUAGCGAUGUUUCUAUAAGAUAUGGUGCCCUACGGAUCCCAGAGAGCUAAAAAUCUUUGUCCUUUGCUCCUAUUUGUGGGUUCUGUUUUUGUGGGGGUUUUUUGAGAAAAUGUGUACAAUAAAAUAUUCCUUGCUUGUUA